AUGGACUCGGUUCGUCAAAGCUUAUUUCUCUUUGUAUGCCAAGAAUGCGAAGGACUGACAAGGACUACCAUAGUCACAAUUUACCUGCGGCCGUCGAGAAUCUCUUCACGAAACAGCCUCCCUAUCAAGAACAUCUAUGAAUUGGUCAUCGGUCCGUCUGGUUCUUACUAUAUCGGCUACCUUGACAACGAUAACAAGACAUACUGCAUGAACCACGGACUCCCUUUCCACUUGACAAAAUGGCUCUCAACCAACGCUAAAGGCUUCGUGGAACACGACAUCCGUACGACAAUGGUUACGCUGGGACCAAAGGGAAGCUAUGUCGUCAAAGACAAAAACAAGAUGCAGUGGUGCGGAGUUCUGGAUGCCCUUGCGGCCCGCUUGAACAGCUUCGGAACGCAUCGCACCCGACUGGUCACUCUGGGGAUAGACGAUUCGUUCGUCAUCAUCAAUACUGAUGGGUCCGGCUUGCGGAGUUUGAGGGGCAGGUUCCCAGGUCUUGAGAAAUUGCUUGCGGGCAUGCCCAGUCUUGGGAACGUUCAUUACCUCUCCUUAUCCACAUACAACUCGAUCUCCGCGAGCGGCGAUGUCGACGAUCCCUUGUACAUGCUCGUCAUGAAGAGUGGCGCGGCUGAAGGCUUGUGCCCGGACGGACACGGAGAGAGGUUCGGAGUCGUGACUUCAAAUAUGCCCAACAUGCAAUCCGCCGUGAUGCAAUCACUGGUGCGCUCGCCAGCGCGAGGGUCUUCUGCCUCCGGUACGAGUCUGCCAAAAGUGCUCUCUGGCAUGGCCAAAGUUGCGAAUGUUGCUAAUCAGGUUCUCGGCGGCGGCGGCGGCGGCGGCGGAGGAGUGGGAGACGGAUACUACAAUGGUAAUAGCGGUGGUGGAGGAUUCGACACAUCGGGAUUCCCGGCGGGGUUGCAGCAGCAGACUUGGUCAACUACGUCCGAUGCAGCUGGCGAUCCCAUCCAGUGA